AUGACUCACGUGCGUUAGUCUCAUUAGAAAUUUUAAUGUGACCACUUUUAUUCCUAGAAUUCUUUUUUCUGUCCUUUAAAUUAUUAUUAAACACCUUUGUUCGCAAUUACAUUGUUUGUUGCUAAUUUAACUCAAUCCGAUAGCAACCGUAAUACACGACUUUUUACCUCCAAAAAUCCCACUCUUUAUUUUGAUAUACUGCGUAGUUUUCCCAAUUUCCUUUCCAACGCUAAAAAUACUUUUGGAAAUUAACUAUACGUAUAGGUCAGCGCUUUCCAAGAAUUUUUGUGUAUUACACAACAUUAUGUAAAUCGCCUAACGACUUGUUCUAUCAAUAAAACGUGCGGCUGAAAACGUGGAAAGAUGCACGUGAAACCAAUCACGUUGUUAAGUCUUACCACUACGUAAUCGAUUUUCUCGAACUUGUGGAUGUGCCCUAAGUGAUUCAUAUCCGUUCUCGAAUUCUUGGCGGUUGCUUAAGCCCGUGUAUCAUCAUAAUUGUAGAGGGGCUUAGGCAAUGACCUCUCCAAGGAUAUUACGAUUAAAGUAUAAACAUCUCUAAUAGCGUGCUUCAACAGAUGUUCUAAAUCAAAGGAUAAUGGUUGCCGAACUAAUGGGCCGAGGUCAAAGUGGGUCUCCAGUGAAUGGUGAAAUACCCCACGUGAAUUCCAGUAUGCCAGCCAGUCACGGACACGAGGGGUUAUUAACCAGCCCCGCUCCCUCUCCAGAUGCAGACAGCUAUCAGGCAUAUAAUUUAUCACAACAAAUGAAACACAAAGAAUUAUUCUCACAAAGAAAACAGCGCGAAUUCAUACCAGAUAGCAAAAAAGACGACAGCUACUGGGAUCGGCGCAGAAGAAACAACGAAGCCGCAAAACGUUCAAGAGAAAAACGCAGGUUCAACGAUAUGGUCCUAGAACAAAGGGUUGUUGAACUAACCAAAGAAAACGCCAUCCUCAAAGCACAACUGGAUGCCAUCAGGGAAGAGUUCGGGAUCUGCGGUGAUAACGUCGUUUGCGUGGAAAAAGUAAUGGCAAACAUGCCAACCAGUGAACAAGUAUUAACCCUAACAAAACGUCCAAAACUAAUCAACCCAUCCGCUAUGUUCGGUCACCCCAGUCCCAGCCCCAUCCCCACAUCUGUGAUUCACCAACCCGUUCUCGCCCCAUCCCCACCGCCUAUACCUCACCCGCACCACAACAUGAUGCACCACCCCGCCUCCCACCACGAAUCACCCUACAGAGAACACCCCGAUUACAAUCCCUACUUCCCCGCCUUCCAUCCAACUCCAAUCUGUGAUUCCAACAGUGCCCUUAACCUUUCAAGAUCUCGAUCAAGACCCCAGUCGCCCUACGAAAUCUCCAGUAAUUCCGGAGACGAAGGUGCACCGAUGGCUUUAACGACAGAAGUGAACAACAGCCUCCCUCUAAAGCUUCGCCACAAAUCGCAUCUAGGCGACAAAGACGCGGCGACAGCCUUGCUAUCCCUCCAACACAUUAAACAAGAACCAAACCUUCGAGCCAGCCCCUCGUGGGACGCCGAGGGUUCAAGUGACGAGCGCGAUUCCGGCAUAUCCUUAGGGGGCGAAUGGUCGGCCUCCCAAGCGGCGGCCACCUUACAAAGCCUUCAAAAACAAUCUCAAGCCACCCUACAGGAUGCGGAACGAGAUCCCCAAACCAAAAACAGACUGCAUUCAGAAAUCGUACGUUUAUCGUCCGAAGUCGCGCAUCUCAAAUCAAUAAUGAUCCGCAAGGAUUCGAACGGAAAACACUAGGUGUUGUUACACUAAAAUUAAUUGUUGUGAUUACCAAAGGGCCACCCGCCCAAUAUCAGCGUGUUAUUUUAGUUUAUGGAUAUUAAAUACCGCUUGUCAAAGUUCCAUUUUUAGUGCUAAGUAUUUAUUGUGAGGAGGUGACGAUGCUGAUUAACAAUUUGGGGCAACUUUCGAGGCAUUUUCACUUUACGCAUUAAAUACUGUUUUUUUAUCGAUCGACUUUGUUGUUGCGGAUAUAUUCCUAUCAUUAUCGUUGUUCUUAUUUCAGAUAUAACCUAAUUAUAAAGUGUAUUAUUGUUUCGCUUAUAACUUUACAUUUUUCGCCAAUGUAUUCGUUGUAAGCAUCAUCAUUGCAUCACCAAAUCGAAUCAUUUCACCUCAUCUUAUUAUUAUAAUUAUUAUUAAUGUACCUAUUUAUUUUUAGUUGGAAAUGUGUGAUUUUGUAAUUAUUUAUCUUAGAGUUAAUAAUUUACAUUAUUUAUAAUAAAUUAUAUUUACUUUUGUUAUGGGCAGAUUAUCUGUUUAUGCAAUAAUAUCUAAAUGAGAAAAAUCGUCCAUUAAAAUACUUCAAAUUAAA